ACACCUAGCUGAAUACCACCUGAUAAUAGCUGAGCUUCUCUGAACUUCUUUCAGACAAGAAAGGAGGACACCGAGGCAGCCAUGAUCAGCGCCAAGAGACUCGCUCAAAUGGCAAGGAAGUGGCAACGAAUGGCCGCCCUUGCGAGGAAGAGGAUCAUGCCAACCCCAGCGAAAGAAACUGAAGAAUCAUCGUGCAGCAUGUCGUCGGUGGCCGGCAAGGGUCACUGCAUCGUGUACUCAGCUGACGGCAGGCGGUUCGAAGUCAAAAUUGUGUACCUUGGCACGGCUGUCUUCUGCGAGCUAAUGCGGAUGUCGCAGGAGGAAUUUGGUUUCGCAGGCGACGAUGGCAGGAUCACGCUGCCCUGUGAUGCCACGACGAUGGAGUACGUCAUGUGUUUUCUUAGGAGAGAGGCCUCUGAAGAGGUGGAAAUGGCAUUCCUGAGCUCCAUGGCGAGGCCUUGCUACUAUGGAACUGGCUUGGCGAAAUCCAUGGGAGUUAGCCAGCAAAUUGCUGUUUCUAGCUUCUAAAGAUUAGCCAGCAAUUGUUUUCCUGUUUGGCUCGUUCCCUUUCUUGCAUGAUGUAAAACUGUAAAUAGUUACUUGUGGGAGAUGGGAAAUAGAACUCUGAAGAUGAUUGUUCAAGUGCAAAGAAAUGGGACAUGGAUAACUGCAUGUUGUUUGAACUCUGAUCUAAAA